AUGAUGCAGCAGCCAUCGCAGCUGCAGCUGGCGGCGUGGUGUGAGGUGGCGCUGCUUUGCUGCCUGGCUCUCGCUACCGUGCUUGUGCAAGGCACCAGCGACACCUCCACUUCGGCGUGCAACGAUGGCGCUGGCCUAACGUCCCUGGCCUCUGUGUUCUCGGAGAACGAUUUGGACCGCAGCUUUAACUUCCAUUGCCAGACGAUCGGCACGGGUACCACCACGGGCGUGAGCGUCUCCGGGCCUUAUGAUGCACAACUCUUUCGUCGUGACACAUCCUUUCGAUGCCCCGACAACCACUACCUGAGCAGCGUCGAGUCACAGUACAGCCCGACAUACGUUGAUCGCUUGUUCAGGUUCCGAUGCCACAGGCCUGCCAGUGCCAUCCUCCGCGACUGUAGGGAGACUGAUGCCCUCAACAAAGAGGCCCAAUCAAUCAUGUUUGAGGCUGGUGACUCGCGUGUCAUCGCAGGCAUGCUCUCGCAGCCAACAAACUAUGAUCGAAUCUACAAAUUCAUCACGUGCAAGGUUGAAUGCGAUGUGAGCAACAACUUCGUUCUAACUUCCAACGGCCUCGAAUGCACCCGACUGAGGCCGAGCGUGAUCCAGGCGUCUGUGGCUGUGAACGAGUACAAAGGCGCGUUCUUUGCCACGUGUCCAGAAGGACAGGGCAUCCACUUGCUCUCCUCCGAUUUCAGCAGCUCCGAUGCAGACAGGCCAUCGUUCACGUGCUACCUGUGGGCCGCGUUUCGUUACAUUGCAGGACUGAGUUCUUCGUUUGAUGAAGCAACACAGGAUCGCGUGUGGGCCGUCACGGCGUGUCAGGUCUCAUGUGCUGACGACUUUGUUCCCGAUGGAGAUGACUGUACACCCACGCCAUGCCCCGAGCUCACGUUCGAAAACGGCCAAGUGUCUGGCGACUGUCAUGGCAGAGUUGGCGACACAUGUGUGUACUCGCAAUGCAAUGACGGUUUCGUGUUGCGGCCAGGACAGCAAUCGCGCACGUGCCAGUCCGACGGCACGUGGUCCGGCUCGGUUCCUCGAUGCAUUCCUGUGUUCUGCCCUCAGCUAGCCAUACAAUAUGGCAAGCUUACCGGCAGCUGCUCCGGUAACUUUGGUGAUGUUUGUUUCAUGGAUGGUUGCGAGUCCGGGUAUAUGCUGACGGGCAACACAGCUGUUGCCCACUGCGGCUAUGAUGGGUGGACGGCCGACCUUCCAACUUGCCAACCGGCCACGUGUCCACCCAUUGCCAUCUUGAAUGGACAGACGGAUGGAUGUGAUGGCGACGUUGGCGGGGUAUGCACGCUGUCGUGCAACCACGGCUUCAUUCUCUCGGACGGCAGUGAAUCCGCAACGCUUCGGUGCCGCCAGGAAUAUGACAGUGGCCCUGCCAGCUGGGUUGGCCCCACUCAUGUCGACUGCAUUCGCGCCUCGUGCGAUCCACUCACUCUUGAGAACGGGAGCGUGAGCGGCGACUGCGAUGGUUCCUUGGGUGGUGUGUGCAGAUAUGAGAGCUGUGACAACGGCUAUCGGCUGUCUGCGUCGGGCACGCGGGAGCGCCUGUGUCAGCUGAACGGCGUGCAUGCGCAGUGGUCCGGAGCUGCAAAGACAUGCGAACGUCUGCACUGUCCCUCACUGGUGGACACGAAUGGAGUGCAAAAUGGAACUUGCACCAAUGCUGCAGUGCCUGGCGACACGUGCAGCCUGUCUUCGUGUGACUCGGGCUACUGGCAGUCCGAUGCUGGUGCCUUUGAGGUGACAUGUGUUGCGCAGGGGGACACCGCCGUUUGGGACGGACAACUGAAGUCAUGUGAACGCGUGAGCUGCACACCACUGGUUCUCAAUUACGGCAGCACGCUCGGACAAUGCGCAGGAAACAUCGGGGACGUGUGCUACUUCGGCACAUGCUAUGGGGACCAUUUCCUGACCCCUGGCGACCCUUCGCGUCAGUGCGUGCAGAAUGAAGACUCUGCAUAUUGGUCCGGGGACGCGCGCACGUGUCAAGCAACACUGCGAGGACGGGCGGGCCAGGAUUUCACGCUCCAGUGUCCUGAUGGCCAGGGAUUCGUUAGUGUCAAAUCAGAAUCCAGCGGAUACAACGCCGACAAACGGAUCAUGAAGUUCGGAUGUGCAGACGUGGGCAGCAACGACGCGAACCGCGUGUGGAAGUCAUACAGAGUGGAUAAGCCACUGCAAACAUUCGACUUCACCUGUCCAGACAACUACUAUCUGUAUGGAGUAGAGACGGAGUACAUCCCGUUUUCGGCUCCAUCUCCUCCAAGAGACGUCAGCGACCGUGUGUGGACCUUCAAUUGCGCAAUCCUCCACGGUGCAGAGCUGUCGGACUGCCAAACGAGCCAGCACUACGCAGCCGACGACUACACUUUCGACUUUGCUGCCCCGAACGACCACGUCCUUGUUGGCUUUUACAGCGAGUAUCACACGGGCGACAUCUACUCUCGCUCAUUCAUCUUUAGAACGUGCAAGGUGACGUGCAACGUCGGGGAACAAUACGAGUCGACCGCUGGUCCAGGAUGUCAACGCAUUGGCUGUGGCCCACUAACACUUGAUGAUGGGACGGUUUCUGGCGAGUGCGAUGGCCAUAUUGGUGACGAGUGCGAGUAUGUGCAGUGCGACAGCGGAUAUAAGCUGUCGGCCUCUGGGUCUGAUACGCGCAAGUGUACCAUGACAAAGAAUGGCAAACCUACGUGGUCUGGAAAACCGAAAACAUGCGAGGUCAUGACAACAACAACGCCGGAGCCGAACGUUGUGGACCUCUGCGAUGCGUAUGUAACAGCAGCAAACCCAGCCACGUGUCACGCGCGCUGCGAGUACUACAACAAGGGUGCAGGCACAUUCACCAAGCAAUACGGCAAUUGCAACAACGUGUGCGCCUGCGGAUGCGGGCGCCGCUUCCGUCUGACGCGCGAUGAAGAGGCAUGCACUGCCCAUUGCGACGCACAAGAGCUGCAAGGCAUCUUCAGAGAGAUGCACCUCGGGUGCAGACAGGUGUGCCUGUGUGUGGAAGGUGGGGUUACGUCCACGACAUCGCCAGGGGGCGUGACGGGGCAGCCGUCCCCUGGUGCCGCGUUUGACUUCCCGUUUGCGGACUACCACUACGAGCUGACAUUCACGGGCAACGUGAACGGUGCCACGAGCAACGCGCGACAAUUCUCCACAGCCGUGGACGCCUACGCCAUCAUUGUCAACAUGGAGGCCGAGUCUGUGCUGCAGUGCCUGCGGUACUGUGACGCAGAGCAGGCGUGCCUUGGCGUUGUCAUUGCCCCGAGCGACGAGGGUGCAUUCCGAUGCCAGCUCAUGCGUGAUUUGGGCACAGACACCGGUGAGCCAACUUCUGAGCCAUCCGUGUCCCUGACCAAGGGCACGCGCCCACCCGCCGUGUCCACAACAACGCCAGCCUCCGAAGGCGUUGUGCAGACGGUCGCUGGCGAUGGCAGCACCACCUGGUCCGCGGGUGGAGCGCCGACCACGACCGGGCUCAACCGCCCCGUGUGCGUCACCUUUGACGGCGAGCACGAGAUGCUGGUGACGAUGGUGUCCGACCACCGCGUCAUCCGCGUGGACUUGCGCACGCGCACGUCCUCCCUGGUCGCCGGCACGGGCGAGAUGGGCGCGAGCGGCGUUGGCGGCGCUGCGACGAGCGCACAGCUGAACCGCCCCCGCUGCGCAAUUGCCGAUGUGGAGGGCAACGUGUACAUCACGGAGGAAGGCAACCACCGCGUGUCGAUUGUCGAUGUAGCGAGCAAGAAGCUGAUUGUGGGUGCGGGCACGGGCAACCCUGGCCACCGUGGCAUGGGCGGCACGCCUGGCAACGCUGCCAUCCACUCCCCAGUUGGGCUGGCGUGGGCCGACGAUGGCAGCCUGCUGUUCUCGGACGAGGAGAACCACGUCGUGUACAUGGUGAACCGGCGCAGCCUAAUCAUCUCUGUUGUUGCCGGCACGCCACGCUUUGCUGGGUACUCUGGUGACGACGGCCUGAGCAUUGGGGCGCGCCUGAACCGACCACGUGGUAUUGCCCUCUCCAAGGGCGUGCUGUACAUUGCAGACAGCGGGAAUCACCGCAUCCGCGCCGUGGACAUGCGUACGCAGGUCAUCACCACGGUUGCCGGCACCGGUAGUGCUGGCUUUAGCGGUGAUGGUGGGCUGCCCACAAACGCAGCAUUGAGGGUUCCGCAUGGCGUGGCCGUGCACUCCUCCGGCACUCUGGCCAUUGCAGACUCGGGCAACCACCGCGUCCGGGUGUUCAACAUUGGCAGCUCGACUGCGGGUGUGAUUGAGACGAUUACUGGGGAUGGGGAGCACGGGUACAAUGGCGACAACGCGGCCACGGCGUCGUCCCUCAACUUCCCGACCUCUGUCACCUUCUCUGCACGCACGGGCAACGUUGUCUUUGCAGACACGCGCAACAACCGCAUCCGCCAAGUGUGGCAGUAGUUCUUGUUGUUUGUUUUGCUGCAGGUUCUGUUGCUGUGCGUGUGUGUGUGUGUGUGUGUGUGUGUG